ACAAGAAGCGUUUGUGACGCCGAUUGGCCGCGCGGCCGUCCCCGUCCCGGCAAGAUGGCGGCGCCCAGAGGGGCGGGUCGCUUACCUCAGGGAAGGAGGAGGGCCGAUUGAGAGGCGCCCCCGCCGGACUCGCCUCCUUCCCGGGAGGGGCUCGGGGCCCCUGGGCGACCGGCGGACAGCCUCGCCAGGCGCCUCCGAAGGGCUGCUCCCCGGCAUGUGGCGAGGGAGCCUCCGGCGGCUGCUUCCCAAACGGCCGCUCGCGCCGGCUCGCCCCGCGCCCCGUCCGGCGGCUUCCCCCGCGGCCUUCGGGCGUCCUUACGCGGCCCAGGCAGAAAGGAAAAGAUUUUACCAAAAUGUUACCAUCUCCCAAGGAGAAAGUGGUUUUGAAAUCAACCUGGACCACCGGAAGCUGAAAACUCCCCAAGCUAAGCUCUUCACGGUGCCCAGUGAGACACUGGCUUUGGCUGUGGCAACUGAAUGGGAUUCUCAGCGGGACACUAUCAAGUUUUAUACCAUGCACCUGACCACCUUGUGCAACACAGCUUUGGACAACCCAUCGCAGCGAAGCAAAGAUCAGCUCAUCCAGGCAGCUAUGAAGUUCUUGGAGACAGAUACUAUCUGCUGCCGGGUAGAAGAGCCACCUGCCUUGGUAGAACUGCAAAAGAAUGAGUGGGAUCCGGUAAUUGGGUGGGCUGAGAAAAGGUACAAUGUUGUGAUUGGCUCCUCGACAAGCCUCAUGGGCCCAAACCUCCCACAAAGCACAAAGGACACCUUCACUAGCCACCUGGCUUCAUACAACAGCUGGGCCCUUCAAGGCAUAGAGUACAUGAUAACCCAGCUGAAGUCUCUGAUUCUUUCCAUGAGCCUGGUUGACAAACACCUAACGGUGGAGCAAGCUGUCCUCCUAUCUCGGCUGGAAGAAGAAUACCAGAUUCGGCGCUGGGGGAACGUGGAGUGGGCCCAUGACUACGACAUGUAUGACUUGCGGGCCCGCACAGCUGCGGCCACCCUUUUCGUUCACCUUUGCCUAGAGAAUUCCACCGUCAAGCACAAGCUGCUUCAGCACUGAGGAACUGGGACACCGAAGAAGGGUGGGCAGGGGCUCUGGGUUAACCCGAAGAAGGGUCGGAUGGGGUGGAUGACAGAGAGGAGCUGUCAGCAUGGCUGGGCUGCUCCCUCAGCCUCUCCGCUGGGAGGGGGCUGAAGCAUGCGAUGGAACCCUUCUCUUCCAUGCCCUUUGAGGCCGAUUGUCCCAGGAAGUUUUUGGGAGUGGCUUCCUGCCCAGCCCACCUGGGCUCGCCACCUUGGAUGAGAUUUCCCUGUAUCGCAAGUUUUGCGUUUUGCCUGGCAGGCUGCCGAAUUUCAGGAGCAGAGGGUGUGCUCUGAGCCUCCCAAAAUGGACGGAGGGCCGCGUGCUCUGUCCUGCAGGACAUGCAGCUAGAAGCAGUUAGAGGUGGGAACAUACCACGGCAGUUGAGCAUCUCUGCUCAGACUGAAGACACUCUAGCUGCAGUCCCCAGGGGUUCCAACAUGCCACCAAGAUUUCCUUUGGGGACCACAAAGAUCCUGCCCCCCCAAUCAAAUUUAAAAGGGAUCAUAUUGCAAAUCAAAAUGGCAGGAUCUACUACCACCUUUAUUUUGAAGAACAUCUCUAGGUUCCAAAAUAGCCCCAUAAGCUUUCUUAGAAAAUUAAAAAAAAACAGUUGGUGACUAUAACUGAGUGCAUUAUUUAGAAAUAUGCCUUGAAGACAGACAAAAAUAAGCUGAUACUCUUUGCUCUUUUAAAAAGAAAAUACAUGUAUCUGUUUUAUUCUACUCCUAUUGAUCACUAAACAUUUCAGGGAUAAAGGA